AUUUGCUCGAGCAAUUAAGGGUCGUUGCUCCGUCUUCCUGUCCUUGCGUCUGUCUCUAUAUAAUCCAGAGGAUAGUUGCCAGAGGAGGGAAACAUUAGCCGUCGCGUGACGCUAUUGAGCUCUCUUUCCUUCCGUCGGCGUCCAUCCCUCUCCUCUUGUAACCCUAACCGGAGAGCGGGCAACGUCGUAUCGGAGGAAUUUCGUUAGCAGGUUCCUUUUAGUAAAAUUCACAUAGCACCUGCUGGUACAAAAUCUCCUAUGCAAUAAAUUCUAGAUGCCAAAGAUGGAGCAUAAUGAAGCCUAUAAUCAUCCUCAUGAUUAUGCUGGCUUAGUCUCGGCACCACUCAUGGUCAAUUCCACUGCUCCUGAAUUUGCAACAAGAGCUAACAACCAUCCAUCAUCUAAUUUCAUUUCAGCAUUUCCAGCCUGUUUUCCUUCAAAUGCAGGAACAACAAAUAGUUCGUAUGUUAACAUGUAUAAUGGAGGCUCUACAAGCUUUCCUCCAAAUCGAGUCCCACAUAGGCAGCCUCCUUAUAAUCAAUCUCUCAGUGGCGACGGAUGCAGUACCAGUUAUCCUCAUAUUGACAGAGUAGUCGCUUUCAAAAGAAAAAGCCCAACUAUACCUCUUGCUGCUGAAACUAAUAUUGUUAGGUAUCCCCAAAUUGGAAGUCAUAUGAAUUAUCCCUCUUACCCCGCUAGUAUAGAACCAAAUGUUCCUCCACCUCCUGAAAAUUUGUCUUGGAAUACUACUGGCAUGCCAGCCUGUUACAUGAGUGAUACGAAUCCUCCUGGUGAAGGAUCACUGAGGAAUGUGAGGAGCCGGCAUAGUGAAGACUUUCAUCCACCUGCUUGGUUCUAUGCAUCAAGAAACAUGCCGUAUUCUCUUUAUACAUCAGAUGAUGCAGUAUCAGGCUCAAGAAUGACUCAGCAGUGGAGCCAUUUUCCUGCACACAUGGUUCCCCAUGGAUGGACUCCAACUGCAGAUGCUAUGUCUUUUAGUCAUAGGUCGAACCAACCCACCACCAGAGAUAAUGCUGGCAAUGGCAUAACUGCCACAAACAGUGCUUAUCGGUCUCAUCUUGAACAAAACAGAAAUCAAAAUGCUCCCAUGCCGAUUCUCCCUUCCAUUAUAACCACUGGGCCAGUGCAAAGUGCAAGUGCCCACAAUUAUUCAUUUAUCCUUUAUAGCAAUAGGACUGUUGGAGCACCGGUAGGAGUGGAAACAGCUUCAUCUUCCAGAUCUUUAAGGCUACUUCCUAUUGUGGGGCAUACAAGCCCUGGGGUUAGUGCAAGAGGUGCACAUCAGAGGUCUCAUUUGAUGAAUCAUAGACUGAACACCCCCAAUAGAUGGGCACCUGAGUUUGCUAUGGUGGCUGAUCGGUUGGCCUUCUAUGACGCUGCAAAUCUACAUGAUCAGCACAGAGACAUGAGAUUGGAUAUAGACGGCAUGAGCUACGAGGAACUACUUGCCCUGGGAGAAAGGAUAGGAAAUGUCAAUACAGGUUUGUCAGAAGAUAGUGUCUCAAGUUGCUUGGUUAAGACGGUUCAUCGUUCUUGUGAACAAAUACAGGAUGAAGGAAAGUGUGCUAUAUGCCUGGAGGAAUACAAGGAGAACAAAACAUUGGGAAGGCUGAAGUGUGGGCAUGAGUACCAUAUUUGCUGCAUCUCGCAGUGGUUGAAAAUGAAGAACGUUUGCCCGAUCUGCAGGGUAUCUGCUUCCAGUGAUGCUUCCGAGAAGUAAUGGCUUCUUUACAAAUAAGCUCAGGGAUGUUAUUUUGUUCCUGUAAACUCCUACGGAUGUAUGUCUGUUUCACUGAAUUUGUAAAUAUGUUCUCAAAAUUCGUUGUUUCAAAUUCUAGAUAUUCGUUGUAGUAAUUCUCGGAUCAAUUAACUUGAUUUCUCAAUUCUUACAA